AUGGUUGAGACGGACCAUUCCAAAGUACAGCAUUUUAUCGGGGGGAACUCGAUCGAUACAGCUGCUCAUGACAAGGUUUAUGAGCACGUAAAAGCCCAGGGCGGACACACCGUGAUUACCAAGAUCCUCAUUGCCAACAAUGGUAUCGCUGCGGUUAAAGAAAUUCGUUCUGUACGCCAAUGGUGCUACGAGACGUUCGGAACGGAACGUGCAGUCGAGUUUACCGUAAUGGCAACUCCAGAAGAUCUCAAGGUCAAUGCGGAUUACAUUCGAAUGGCUGAUCGCUAUGUCGAAGUUCCUGGCGGAACCAACAAUAAUAACUAUGCAAAUGUCGAUCUUAUUGUAGAUGUAGCCGAACGUGCAGGUGUACACGCCGUAUGGGCUGGUUGGGGCCACGCAUCCGAGAAUCCUAGGUUACCAGAAUCUCUGGCUGCAUCACCGCACAAGAUUGUUUUUAUUGGUCCCCCGGGCUCCGCUAUGCGAUCCUUGGGCGACAAGAUUUCAUCCACCAUCGUGGCUCAGUCGGCGGAUGUGCCCACUAUGGCCUGGUCCGGCUCCGGGAUCACUGAUACAAGAGUCAACGAGUCCGGUUUCGUUGAGGUCCCAGAUGAAGUAUAUAAGGCAGCAUGCGUCACCAGCGUGGAAGAGGGUCUUGAUCGUGCCGAAAAAAUAGGCUGGCCAGUUAUGAUCAAGGCUAGCGAAGGUGGCGGCGGCAAGGGGAUCCGAAAAGUUGAUAGUGCUGGCGCAUUCAAAAACGCAUACAAUGCGGUUGCCGGAGAGGUUCCAGGAUCGCCGAUUUUUAUCAUGAAGCUUGCCGGCUCUGCCCGUCACCUCGAGGUACAGGUCCUUGCCGAUCAAUACGGGAACGCUAUAUCACUUUUUGGCCGCGAUUGCUCCGUGCAAAGGCGCCAUCAAAAGAUCAUUGAAGAGGCGCCCGUGUCCAUCACUAAACGGGAGCGAUUUGAGGACUUGGAACGCGCAGCUGUGCGACUGGCGAAACUUGUAGGAUAUGUUAGUGCGGGGACAGUUGAAUACUUGUACAGUCCCUCAGAAGACUUGUUUUACUUUUUGGAGCUUAACCCACGUCUCCAAGUCGAGCAUCCCACUACCGAAAUGGUCACAGGAGUAAAUCUCCCCGCUGCUCAGUUGCAGAUUGCCAUGGGUAUUCCUCUCCACCACAUUCGUGACAUUCGCCAAUUAUACGGGCUUGCACCUCAUGGCACCUCUGAGAUCGAUUUCGAUCUCGUUAAGCCAGAGUCCAACCAGCUCCAGCGCAAACCCCAACCCAAGGGCCAUGUCGUUGCAGUCCGAAUCACGGCUGAAAAUCCUGAUGCAGGAUUCAAACCUUCCAGUGGAACCUUGCAAGAGCUGAAUUUCAGAUCCAACACGAAUGUCUGGGGUUACUUCUCUGUCGGCUCAGCUGGUGGUUUGCACGAGUUUGCCGACUCUCAAUUUGGACAUAUCUUUGCAUACGGGGCGGACCGUGAAGAAAGCCGGAAAAAUAUGGUUGUCGCACUCAAGGAACUGAAUAUUCGAGGCGACUUCAGGACUACAGUUGAAUACUUGAUCAAACUUCUCCAGACACAAGCAUUCACCGAAAACACGUUCACAACCGGCUGGCUUGAUACGUUGAUUAGCAAUAACUUGACCGCUGAACGUCCUGACUCGACUUUGGCCGUUAUCUGUGGCGCCGUGAUGAAGGCACACGUGAUGAGCGAGGCUUGUUGGGCCGAAUACCGAGCAAUCCUCGACAAAGGUCAGGUUCCUGCGCGCGAUACUCUCAAGACUGUGUUCGGCGUUGAUUUUAUCUACGAAAAUACUCGCUACUCGUUCACUGCUGCUCGCUCUUCUCUCACCACUUGGACUCUCUACCUUAAUGGUGGCCGCACUAUGGUUGGAGCUCGCCCGCUCGCAGAUGGGGGUUUGCUUGUCCUGCUUGACGGGAAGAGCCAUUCGGUCUACUGGCGCGAGGAGGUCGGUGCCGUCAUGAAGAUGCUCAUGCAACUUAUCGCUUCGGAGGAUGGGACGGUAAUGUUUGUCAAGCAACCCGGAGUAAGCCUCGAGCCAGGUGACAUCAUUGGUAUCCUUACUCUUGAUGACCCUGCGCGAGUCAAGCAUGCGAAGCCGUUCGAUGGACUCCUGCCAGCGAUGGGCCCUCCUAACGUCAUCGGCAGCAAGCCUCAUCAGCGUCUUCAUGCUUCGAUCGAGGUCAUGCACAAUAUCCUUGACGGGUUCGAUAAUCAAGCCAUAAUGUCCAGCACUCUUAAAGAUCUUCUUAACGUGCUUCACGAUCCUGAACUACCAUUCUCCGAAUGCGCUGCAACUCUCGCCUCGCUCUCCGGUCGUCUUCCAUCGAAGCUUGAGGACGCUAUCCGGGCGGCGAUUGACACGGCCCACGCGAAGCCUGCCCCGCAAGAGUUCCCGGCCGCGAGGGUACGCAAACUUCUGGACAAUCAUCUUCAGGAAAAUGUCAGGGCCCAAGAUCGUCCCCUUAUCAGGGCCCAGUUUGGUGCUCUUUUUGAUAUCGUCGAUCGUUACCGAAAUGGGAUCAAGAUUCACGAAUGGUCAGUGAUCAUUGGCCUUCUCCAGCGCUACGAAUCAACCGAAAAGCUAUUCGGUGGAGGUCAAUUUGAAGAAAAGGUUCUCAAACUUCGGGACCAAUACAAGACAGAACUCGACAAGGUUGCUGCACUUGUGCUCAGCCAUUCCAAGGCGCAGAGCAAGAACAAGCUCGUUUCGGCACUUCUCGACGAAAUUCAACGCCAAGUUCCUGGUCCUUCUGUCGGCGGUAUCGACGAGAGCUUAAACACGGUACUUCGUAGCAUCGCCGCGCUGGAAAGUCGCUCUGCAACACAGGUCGCGCUCAAAGCACGCGAGGUACUUAUUCGAACCCAGCAGCCGUCGUAUGAGGAGCGUUCGUCUCAGAUGGAACAGAUUCUCACUCAAUCAGUCCGCACUGGCUACUACGGCGAACAAGGCGCGGGUCAUCGUCAACCUUCGGCCGAGAACUUGCGCGAAUUGACAGAUUCGAGGUUCAUUGUGUACGACGUCUUACCAACAUUCUUCACCCAUAAGGAUCGAUGGAUUUCUCUGGCCGCCAUGGAUGUAUACGUCCGUCGAGCUUACCGUGCAUAUAACCUCAUUUCCGUCGAUUAUGAGGAGGGCGAUGAUCUGGACGAUGGUGAUGCCCCUAAUAUCGUGUCUUGGAGGUUCAAGCUUGGACAGUCUAGUUCUCCUCCUUCUACCCCUCGUCUGAGCGAUGGUGUCGAUGCUCCAAAACGUUCUGGCUCAGUCAGCGAUCUAACUUAUAUUGUCGAUAGUCGUGAACCCAUUCGUACCGGUACCAUCGCUACAUUCCCCAAUUUCGAUGUGCUAUUGAACGGCUUCAAGAAGGUCGCAGAGCAACUCCCUCACUUUAACCCGGAUGAUUAUUCCCGUAGGCAUGGUCAAGGCGUCCAACCCCCUAAUGUUUUGUACUUUGCUUUGCGUGUCUUCGUCCCCUCCGACGAUAUGGAAGAUGCGGCAUGGCGAGAGAAGUUACUUGCGCUCGUCAACAACAAGAUCUCAAUCCUCAACGAACGCGGCAUCCGCCGUGUCACUUUCCUCAUAUGUCGACCCGCUCGGUAUCCCUGGUACUUUACCAUGCGUGACAUGGGUAACCAAUGGGGUGAAGAAGAGGCCAUUCGUAACAUUGAACCCGCACUUGCGUACCAGCUCGAGCUCAGUCGCCUUUCAAACUUCAAACUUACCCCAUGCUUCGUCGACAAUCAACAGAUCCACGUUUAUCAUGCCGUCGCCCGUGAAAACCAAUUUGACAGUCGCUUUUUCAUCCGCGCACUUGUUCGACCUGGCCGUCUACGCGGAAACAUGCGAAUGGCUGAUUACUUGUUAUCCGAAACUGACCGCCUUGUCGGCACCAUCCUUGACGCCCUCGAAGUCGUUGGUUCUCAGCACCGAAACACCGACUGCAACCACAUUGCACUCAACUUUGUAUACAAUCUAUCCGUUACUUAUGAGGAAGUUGUUGAGGCGAUUGCUGGCUUCAUUGAGCGCCACGGCAAGCGACUCUGGCGUCUCCACGUAACUGGGGCCGAGAUUCGCAUUGUACUUGAGGACGAAGAAGGAAAUAUUUCCCCCCUCCGAUGCGUCAUCGAGAACGUAUCCGGUUUUAUCGUGAACUAUUUUGCUUACCAGGAGAUUAUGACCGACAAGGGUACCAAGAUCCUCAAGACCAUUGGGACCGAGAAGGGGCCGCUCCACUUGCAGCCUGUCCAUUAUCUUUAUCCGACCAAGGAGUCACUGCAACCCAAGCGUUACCAGGCACACAUCAUUGGCACGACCUAUGUGUACGACUUCCCUGACCUUUUCAUGAAGGCCCUUCAUAACCUCUGGAUUGACGCGAAGAAUGGUAACCCGAACCUGGUUAUUCCCAAGAAAUUGCUCCAGUCCAGGGAACUUGUCCUGGACGAGAACGACGAGUUGCAAGAGGUUGACCGCGCUCCCGGGAAUAACACAUGCGGUAUGGUUGGUUGGGUAUUUACCGUAUAUACCCCCGAGUAUCCAAAGGGUCGCGAGCUGGUCGCUGUCGCCAACGAUAUCACGUAUAAGAUUGGCUCAUUUGGACCCCUUGAGGACCAAUUCUUCUAUCUAGUCACCGAGUACGCUCGUCAACGUGGUCUUCCUCGCAUCUAUUUAUCCGCCAACUCUGGAGCUCGUAUUGGCUUGGCCGAGGAAGCACUCAGUCUAUUCUCGUGUGCAUGGAACGACAAGGACCGCCCUGAACAGGGUGUCAGCUACCUAUACCUCACUCCCGAGAAUCACGCGAAGCUCAAUGAAAAAGGUGCUGGUAGCGUUUUGACCACUCAAAUUGAGGAUGAAGGCGAGACCCGCUUUAAGAUCACCGACGUAAUUGGUCUACAAGAUGGUUUGGGUGUUGAGUGCUUGAGGGGGUCUGGUCUCAUAGCAGGAGAAACUUCGAGGGCCUACGAUGAUAUUUUCACAAUCACUCUGGUUACUGCUCGAUCGGUUGGUAUCGGUGCCUAUCUCGUUCGUCUUGGUCAACGUGCCGUCCAGGUCGAGGGCCAGCCGAUUAUUCUCACCGGAGCUCCUGCACUCAAUAAGGUUUUGGGUCGGGAGGUGUACACCUCUAACCUACAGCUCGGUGGUACCCAGAUCAUGCACAAGAAUGGAGUCUCCCACUUGACUGCUGCAAGCGACCUAGAAGGUGCUACUCAUAUCUUGAGAUGGUUGUCCUUUAUCCCCGAACGUAAAGGCGCAAAACUACCAAUCACCACUGCUUCAGACCCUUGGGAUCGUGACAUUGAAUAUACGCCACCAAAGGGGCCAUACGACCCUCGCUGGUUCGUUGAAGGCAAGGUCGAUGAGGCUACUGGUGAAUUCCUGUCCGGAUUCUUCGACAAGAAGUCGUUCCAAGAGACACUCAGCGGCUGGGCUCAAACUGUGGUGGUUGGACGUGCUCGCCUAGCAGGCAUUCCAGUCGGUGUUAUAUCAGUCGAGACCCGCACGAUUGAACGAAUUAUUCCUGCCGACCCUGCGAAUCCGGCAUCAUUCGAGCAGCGUAUUAUGGAGGCUGGCCAAGUAUGGUAUCCCAACUCUGCCUACAAGACCGCACAAGCUAUCUUCGAUUUCAACCGCGAGGGUUUACCUCUUAUUGUAUUUGCCAAUUGGCGUGGCUUCUCCGGCGGCCAACAGGACAUGUACGAUGAGGUCCUCAAACAAGGGUCCAAGAUCGUUGAUGGCCUCUCGAGUUACAAGCAACCCAUUUUCGUGUACAUUGUGCCUAACGGUGAACUUCGUGGUGGUGCUUGGGUUGUUUUAGAUCCUUCUAUCAACUCGGAGCAAAUGGAAAUGUAUGCAGAUGUGGACGCACGCGCUGGGGUCUUAGAACCUGAGGGUAUCGUGGAGAUUAAGAUGCGCCGGGAAAGAUUGUUGGCGCUCAUGGAGCGUCUAGACGAUUCGUAUUCUCAGCUGAAGACCAAUAGCAAAGACAGCACGAAGACUGCAGAAGAGCGUGCCGAAGCCUCGCGCGCCCUUGCUGAACGCGAGACACUUCUCAUGCCAACCUACAAACAGAUUGCCUUGUUGUACGCUGAUCUCCAUGACCGGACUGGGCGAAUGGCCGCAAAGGGGUGCGCUCAGCCGGUAGUUUGGAAGGAUGCUCGUCGCCACUUCUAUUGGGCAUUGCGCGCACGUUUAGCGCGUAACGCUGCACUUGCUGUGAUUGCGGAAGCAAGCCCGGAAUCCCUUCCGACCCACCGAACUCGCCUACUGGAAUCUCUUGUGCCAUCCGACAUUGAUCACAAUGACAAGCGGAAGCUAGCCGAGGCACUCGAAGCAUUGGACCUGACUACCGCGCUCAGCUCGGUUCGCCAUGCGGAGAUUACUCAUAAGAUUGUUGAGCUCUCUCAGAACCACAGGAAGGCAACUUUAGAGGGAAUAUUGCGGGUAAUUGAUACGCUUACGGAUGAAGAAAAGGUGGCUAUUACCGGUGCUCUGCACACUAGCUCAGGUGGAGGUAAGCACGUCUUUUGA